GAGAGCGAGUGCAAAGUGCACAAAAGUUUUGCCAAGCAAAAAUGGCGACAACAGCAGCGACAACAACACGACAACGUGCAAUAGCAGCAGCCGCAGCCGCAGCAGACGUCGCCGUCGCCGUCGCCGCCGCAACAAAUUUUUGUGUCGUGCGAUUUUAUAACCGUUUUCAAAAGCGGCGGCGUUGCUGCUUCUGCCUGUCGCACAAAACGGACGCGGACGGACAACAACAACACGACAACAAGACAACAACAACAAGACAACAACAACAACAACACACAACGUGCAACAAUAGCGACAGCAACAAAGCGAAUAAUAACAUUAAUAAUAUUAACACAAAUGAGAAUAUCAAUUCAAAAAUAUUAUAGAAAAAAAACGCUGCAGAAAAAACUGCAUUAAAUAGAUGAAACAAACAUUUACUUUAACCCAAAUAUGCAGCAAACAAAGCGUUAAAGUGUGUGUGUCUGUGUGUGUGCGUGUGUGUGUGUGUGUGUGUGUGUGUGUGGGUGCUAAACAGUUGUUUUUUUGGCCAGCAAAGAACAAAACAUUGAACUCGUUUUUGGCGCUCCGCUCUCUAACACGCAUCUAAUAAACGCAACAAUAACAUCAAUUUUACAGUUAACCCACAACAACAACAACAACAACAACUACAACAGCGACAACAACAAGCACAUUAUCGUAAACACAAACAUAAACAUAAUUAUAAUUAUGAUGUGAUCAGAAUUAACAGCAGCUCCGGCAAAAGGUGCAAAGAUGUGAAAAGCUAACAACAACAAAAAAAAAAGGGAAAAGCAAAAAAAAAUGUAAUAAAAAAAUAAAUGAUGAAAGAAAUGAAAUACAAAGAAAAUUCAAGCAACGAAUAGAAGUAAAUGUAAUAAAACAAAAAGAAAAUGCUCAACAUUGCAAUAACAGAUAAGAAACGGCAACACAAAUAUACAGGCACAACAACAACAACAACAACAACAAGUACACACAGGCAUCUGCCCAUGUAUGUGUGUGCGUGUGUGUGUGUGUGAGCAUCUACGCGCAAUAACUAAUCGAGUUUAACACCGAAGCACAUCAGCAAAUUGAUGAAAACAACGAAAACAACUCUAACAACAACAACUUUGCAAACAACAAUUGAAACAACAACAAAAACAACAUCAAAUCCACCAACAACAAUACCAAUUACAAGCACCUAUUCUAAGCGUACUACAAUAACUAAAAACAAAUAAACAAAGCAUAAAACAAAGAAUUAAACACAAGCACAAGGAGUUUACAAGAAAAACAACCUCAAACUCAGAUGUUGACUUCGAAGCCUAAUGCAGUUUACUCAAUAUCAUGAAAAAUUGCUGGACUAUUUGAAUAACCGACAACGAAUCAAUUAGGAUCUGCAAGGGAAAUCUAUCUGUAUCUAGUCUACCGUAUUGUCACAACUAUAUAUAGAUUAACAAUAGUUUGUAAGGCAGCCGCUCUUGAUGAAUAUUGGGCAGGAAAAGCAUACGCAUUCGCAGUCGCAUUCGCACACACAUCCGCAUCCGCAUACACAUCCGCAAGCGCAGCAGCAGACGAUCAGCGGCAGCCGCAGUCGCAACACAGAUCCGCACAGUGGUUCUGGUUCUGGUGCUGGUGCUAGUGCUGGCACUGGAGCCGCUGCAACCGAUUAUCCAGCAUUGCUACUGGGCUAUCGCUAUCCGCUGCCGCCCGGACAUCAUGACCAUCGACUGCAUAUUGAGCACCUCAGGCGCUCCGCUGCGGAGCGUGUGAGGAGUCCCAACGGCUGUCCCAUGGUUAUGACACCCAGUCGCCGCAGCUCGCCACCGUUGCCGCUGCCGCUGCCGACGCGUGGCCAAUCCCAAUCCCAAGCCCAGUCCCAGUCCCAGACCCAGUCCCAUGCACAGUCGCAGUCGCAGUCCCAAUCGCAGUCGCAGUCGCAGUGCAUGAGCGCCCACUUUCUGCACUUGCAGUCACAGCUGCAUCAGAAGCUCUCCGCCAGCUACUUUCGCAACCCGCCCUCGCCUUCGCCAACGGAACGGGAUCGCGACCGGGACCGGGAAAGGGAGAGGGAUCGUGAGCGCAACAUCUCCGGCAGCGGCACAUCGCCGCCAGCGACGAGCAUGAGCGCAGCGCACCUGAAUCCGCUGAGCGAUCUGCAGAAUAUGCAGCCCUUUGACUUUCGCAAAAUCAACUCGUCCACGCUGGGCGCCUUCGGGGCGCCGCCCGGCCCCACAGACUUUGUGCACCAUCAGCACCAGCAGGCCGUGCAUCUGCAGCAGCAGGCGGUGCAGCAGGCGGCGGUGCUGGCGCAGGCGCGACGUCGCAUCAAUGAAGCCACCACGCCCGGGGAGAAGAGCGCCGCGGUGGCAGCCGCUGCGGCAGCUGCUGCCGCUGCCGCCCAAAGUAAUCAGUUCUUUAGCGCAAUGGCCAUGGCCGGGCAUCCGCUGCCGUAUCACUUGCCGCCACCGCCACCCCCACCGCCGCCGCCGCAGCACCAGCAACAACAGCAGCAGCAGCACCACCACCACCACCACCAGCAGCAACAGCAGCAGCAGUCCAACAACAAUCAGGUGUCGGCAGCAGAACAUAGUCAUGGCCAUGGGCCGCACUCGCCAAAUCACGCACAGAUGAACCACAGUCACAGUCACAGUCACGGUCACGGACACAGUCACAGCCAGUAUCACCAGCACUCGCAUUCGCACCAUCUGAAGGCAGCGCAACCGACAUCGCCGGAGGAGACGAGCGCCAGCAAGUCGCGUCAUCUGGCCGCCGCCGCAGUUGCUGGCGACAAAUCGAACAGCAGCUGCUCCUCGUCCAGCGCCUCCGGCAUACAGCCGGCGAGCAGUUCACAGCGAAUGACUCGGCUGGCGCUGGCUUCGGGUUCAGGCUCGGGCUCGGGCUCAAAUUUGCGUGCGAGCCGAAAAUCGGGCCACUCGCCGGGCAGCAAGCGGCAAUGGGGCUCGAUGCCGGCAAAUUUGGGCACACAGUUCAUCAAUCCGGUGACCGGCAAGAAGCGCGUCCAGUGCAAUGUCUGCCUGAAGACCUUCUGCGACAAGGGCGCGCUCAAGAUCCAUUUCUCGGCGGUGCAUCUGCGCGAGAUGCACAAGUGUACCGUCGAUGGCUGCAGCAUGAUGUUCAGCUCGAGACGUUCGCGCAAUCGGCACAGCGCCAAUCCCAAUCCGAAGCUCCAUUCACCGCAUCUGCGGCGCAAGAUCUCGCCGCACGACGGACGCAGCGCUCAGCCGCAUCCGCUGCUGCUGCAGGCGCCCAAUGGCAUCAUGGCGGGCCUGGGGCCCUUUGGUAGUUUCCCGCUGUUGACACCGCCGCCGGAUCUGCGGCAUCAUGCGCUGGGCGGCAUGGAGCUGAAGCAUGGCGCCGGCCAGGAGUAUUUGCAGCGAUCCUACAUGGACAACAAUGGCAUGCUCGGACGGUACGAGGGUCAGCGACGCAAGGCGGCGCUCGAGGCGGGCGAUGACGAUGAUGACGAUGACGAGAUACUCGAGGUGGGCAUACACAUGCCCGAUGACGAUGAUGACGACGACGAGGCCGAUGGCGAUGGCGAUGGCGACGAUGAUGAUGACGAUCCCGAUGGUGACGGCAUUGUGGUUGUGGGCGAUGAGCUGGACAGCAUACCCGACAAGGACAAGCACAGCCACGAUGAUUACAUGCUGGACAACGGCAACGAAAGCGAUGAGCGCUCCACAUCGGCCAUUUCCAGUCACAGUCACAGCCUCAGUCACAGCCACAGUCACAGUCACAGUCAUAGUCACAGUCACAGUCACAGCCAAACCAAAGAGCAACAACAGCACAGCCCCUAUCCGAGCAAGGCCGAGCCGGAGCCAUGCCCGGAGCCCGAUGAGCAACACGAGGAUUCACAGAGCCUCACGGAUUCGGCGCACGCCCUCGGCCAGACGCCGGCCAGCAAACGGAAGCGCAAAAGCCAAAAUCCUGUGCGCUGCACCGUGCAAUCCGAUGAGAAUUCAUGUGACAAUUCGCUGGAUAACUACGACGUGGCCGCCGACCUGUCCAUCAAGAAGAUCAAGCUCAACGACGAUGCGGAGGCACCCGAUGCGGAUGCGCCUCGAGCAGCCCAACUGGGCGCCGCCACAGCCAAAGAAGCCGAGGUGCUAACCAGCUCCACUGAGUCCACCAAGGCGAUACCCUCGCCCCCGCUGACGCCCUACACCAGUGAGGCCAAGUCGCUGAUUAAAAUGGAGCUAGACGAGGAGGAGGAGCAGCAGCAGCAGCAACGGGAGCUGGCAACAUCACGAAAUACGAAAACUCUACAAGAUGAGGGCGCUGGCACCCUGGAUUUGUCGCUGAGCACGGCCAGCGGCUCGGUUAUCAAGCAAGAGCCGCUGGACGAGCUGGCGCUGACAUAUGGCGCCGAUGCGGAUGAGAAUCGCUAUUUGCGCAUCAAGCAGGAGCUGCUUGGCGAGGAUGAGCACAUCUUUGGACGCGCAGCGGUCGAGGAGAGCAGCAGCACCAACAACAACAACGUUAUUAUGACUGAAAAUAUGUCGGGCAAGGGUGGCGAUUCCAAUGGCAGCAUCAAGGCGGAGCCAGAGCGCGAACCCGAACCGGAACCGGAGCCAGAACCGGAGCCAGAACCGGAGCCGGAACCGGAGGUGCCCAUUGACAAGGAGAACCCAUUGAAAUGCACCGCCUGCGGCGACAUCUUUCAGAAUCACUUCCACCUGAAGACCCACUACCAAAGCGUCCAUCUGAAGCUCCACCACAAAUGCAACAUUGACGGCUGCAAUGCGGCGUUUCCAUCGAAGCGCAGCCGCGACCGGCACAGCUCGAACCUAAAUUUGCAUCGCAAGCUGCUCUCCACCAGCGAUGAGCACAAUAAUGUGCUGCUGCCGCCGGAUCCGCUGCUGGAGCUGAUGAGCAUCAACAACAACAAGGUCUUUGGCGGCGUCGCUGGCGGCGUCUCGGGCACCGGCGGCCCAGCUGGCGUGCCCGUUACCGCAGCCGGCGGCAUGCCCAGCAGCAUUCAGGCCGAGAUUCUGGCACGCAUCUGCGCUGGCGCCCACGGGCUGAGCAUGCCGCUGUGCUUUGAGGCGCUGCAGCAUCGCUUCGCUGCCGGCCAUGGACAUGGUCAGGUGGCGGGCGGAUUCGGUGCGGACGCAAAUGCGAAUGCGAAUGCCUUCAUUGCGGCAACCGAUCCGCGCCUGCUGCUCAACCAUGCCGGCAAUCCGCUGCUCUUCCCCGGACUGCAUAGACUGCCGCGCUUCCACCACUUGACACCGCACAUGCUGGCCGGCGCCAGUGGGUUGAGCGCCUUCUGCAGGCGAACCUCUUCCGAUUCAAAUUCACAGCACUCGAUAACACCGCCCGUGGGCGCACGUGGUGGUUGCGAUAGCAGCUCGCUAAUGGGUUUGCGACCACGAUCCGGGUCCGGUUCCGGAUCGCCCGAGUACGAUGGCCAGUCGACGCAUACGCAUACGCAUGCACAUACUCACAUGCACAAGCAGACGGCUGGCGAGGAGGCGGGACAGAGCCAGCGGCAGUCUCCAGAUCGCAUAUCAUGACCAUGUACCUCGUACUAUGCCAAGGCGCUGGCAUUUUAUCAUUGAAGGAUCGUCGUGGACAACAACAAAUUCAUUAAAUGCAAUAUCAGGCUACAACUUAGGACUACUACAGCAUUGCUCAUAAUCAUAAUCGAUAUUAAUCGAUAAAUCGGUUAACGACUUAUCGAUCGGAGGAGAAGAUAUCAGAAAAUUCGCAAUCCAAACUGCAGCUUGGCUCGCCAGCGCUCAUUAUAACAAUACUUUUACUAGGCUAAUAUAAAAUAUUAGAUGGAUCAACUAGCAUUUUUUUUUCUAUAUAUACACACACAUAUAUAUAUAUAUAUAAAUAUAUAUACAUAUA